AUGUCUGAUCAGUCCGAUCAAGCUUUCCAUUUCCUCCGGCUACCUCCUGAGCUCCGCCUGAUCAUCUACGAAUACGUCUUGGCCGACGAAGACGAGCAGUUUCUGCUCCCUAGAAUCGCCUCAAUCUCAGAACAAGUUGCUCAAGAAAUCAUGCCCAUGCUGCUACAACGCAUUUCAGGCAUUCAGUGGACAACCGAUUCUUGUGAUGAGGAGUGGUACCUUGCUAUACGGCCCUGCAGUAAGAUCUGGCGAAUGCGCUUGACUAACGCGGCCGAGGAACCUCUGGGUGCAAUACCGAUACUGCGCACGAAGACCACCUACCAUAUACUCGUGGGUUGCCACAUGAUCACACCGCAUGAUCCCAGACGGAGAUUACGAGACAACGGACUGACUGGGGAGUUGUCCUAUACAUGUACCUUCUUUCCAGAGUCCCAUGAUCAAAAGGACGGAGUGAAGCGCUUCAUCGGAGGUCGCUCCUGCAACAGAAAUGGCAACGUGGGUGAACAACCAGCUCUCUGGAUGGAGAGAGGCAAAGCAGGAGAUCCAGAGACGAACAAGAAGUUGACUGAACAAGAUUGGCAUAUACAGUGGCAUGGGGGAUCACGACGAGGACCCCCAAGCGCAUUGAUGUGUGAUUUCCAGAAGCAGAAUUGA